ACGGGCACUAUUUCUGUGGCGUCGCGUGUUCAGUUCACCGCGGGUAAUUCAGAGAAUCGCUUUGUGGAUUGGAUUUUUGCCUGUUUUCCGCCCGAUACAAAAAAAAAAAACCAAACGCUAUAUAAAUAGUUCUGUAGUAAAACCUGAAGCAACACGUUUUAAAAUAUACAACUACUACUAACAACUGUCACAGCCAAGUUACAAAAGUGCUAAAUCCCAGAAAUAACCUAAGAGCCGACUUAAAACCGCGCAAAUACAUAAAAAAAAAUCUUCUCCAAAGCAGAAACAAAAACUUGUGAAAAACUAGAAUUAAAAAAAGAUUUUUUAAAAAAAAUCAGCUAGUGCAAAAUAAACGGGAAGAAUUUUUUUUUGUGUCCCUUUUUUUGGUGUUUUUUCUCCGUCUUUCCCCUUCUUUGACGCAAAAAAAAAAGUGCCCAACUUGCUGGCGGCACGGGAACGGGAUAGAAAUAGAUAUAGCCGAAAGCGACUGGAAAGCAAAGGAAGCUAACUAAAUUGGAUUACAAUCAAUUAAAUAGAGACGGAUACGGAAACUAUGUUCAGCGAGGCAUAUAACUCAGGAACUUAAGAUAUAUAGAAAGAAAAAAAAACCCAGACAACAUAAUCGCAAUGGCCCUUUACCGCUCUGAUCCGUAUUCCAUAAUGGACGACCAACUUUUUUCAAAUAUUUCAAUAUUCGAUAUGGAUAAUGAUCUGUACGAUAUGGACAAACUCCUUUCGUCGUCCACCAUUCAGAGUGAUCUCGAGAAGAUCGAGGACAUGGAAAGUGUAUUUCAAGACUAUGACUUAGAGGAGGAUAUGAAGCCAGAGAUCCGCAACAUCGACUGCAUGUGGCCGGCGAUGUCCAGCUGUUUGACCAGCGGUAACGGUAAUGGAAUAGAGAGCGGAAACAGUGCAGCCUCGUCGUACAGCGAAACCGGUGCCGUAUCCCUGGCGAUGGUUUCCGGCUCUACGAAUCUCUACAGCGCGUAUCAACGAUCGCAGACGACAGAUAACACCCAGUCAAAUCAACAGCAUGUCGUCAACAGUGCCGAGAACAUGCCGGUGAUCAUCAAGAAGGAGCUCGCAGAUCUGGACUACACGGUCUGUCAGAAGCGCCUCCGUUUGAGCGGCGGUGACAAGAAGUCACAGAUCCAGGACGAGGUCCAUUUAAUACCGCCCGGCGGAAGUUUGCUCCGCAAGCGGAACAACCAGGACAUUAUCCGCAAAUCGGGCGAAUUGAGCGGCAGCGAUAGCAUAAAAUACCAGAGACCAGACACACCUCACAGUCUUACCGACGAGGUGGCCGCCUCAGAGUUUAGACAUAACGUCGACUUGCGUGCCUGCGUGAUGGGCAGCAAUAAUAUCUCGCUGACCGGCAAUGAUAGCGAUGUCAACUACAUUAAGCAAAUCAGCAGGGAGCUUCAGAAUACCGGCAAGGAUCCGUUGCCGGUGCGUUACAUCCCGCCGAUCAACGAUGUCCUCGAUGUGCUCAACCAGCAUUCCAAUUCGACGGGUGGCCAACAGCAGUUGAACCAACAGCAACUGGACGAGCAACAACAGGCCAUCGAUAUAGCCACUGGACGCAACACAGUGGAUUCUCCGCCGACGACCGGCUCUGAUAGUGACUCCGAUGACGGUGAACCCCUCAACUUUGACCUGCGCCAUCAUCGCACUAGCAAAAGCGGCAGCAAUGCCAGCAUCACCACCAACAACAACAACAGCAACAACAAAAACAACAAAUUGAAGAACAACAGCAACGGCAUGCUGCACAUGAUGCACAUCACCGAUCACAGCUACACGCGCUGCAACGAUAUGGUGGACGAUGGUCCCAAUUUGGAGACCCCCUCAGAUUCCGAUGAGGAAAUCGAUGUCGUUUCAUAUACGGACAAGAAGCUACCCACAAAUCCCUCGUGCCACUUGAUGGGCGCCCUACAGUUCCAGAUGGCCCAUAAGAUCUCGAUUGAUCACAUGAAGCAAAAACCGCGCUACAAUAACUUCAAUCUGCCGUACACACCGGCCAGCAGCAGUCCAGUGAAAUCGGUGGCCAACUCGCGUUAUCCAUCACCGUCGAGCACACCGUAUCAGAACUGCUCCUCCGCUUCGCCGUCCUACUCGCCGCUAUCCGUGGACUCUUCAAAUGUCAGCUCGAGCAGCUCCAGUUCCAGUUCGCAGUCAAGCUUCACCACCUCCAGUUCGAACAAGGGACGCAAACGAUCCAGUCUGAAGGAUCCAGGCUUGUUGAUCUCCUCCAGCAGCGUUUAUCUGCCGGGAGUCAAUAACAAAGUGACGCAUAGCUCCAUGAUGAGCAAAAAGAGUCGUGGCAAGAAGGUGGUUGGCACCUCGUCUGGCAAUACAUCUCCGAUAUCGUCUGGCCAGGAUGUGGAUGCCAUGGAUCGUAAUUGGCAGCGGCGCAGUGGUGGAAUUGCCACUAGCACAAGCUCCAACAGCAGUGUCCAUCGGAAGGACUUUGUUUUGGGCUUUGAUGAGGCCGAUACGAUCGAGAAGCGCAAUCAGCACAAUGAUAUGGAGCGUCAGCGACGCAUUGGACUCAAGAACCUCUUUGAGGCUCUAAAGAAACAGAUUCCCACAAUUAGGGACAAGGAGCGGGCUCCCAAGGUAAAUAUCCUGCGAGAGGCGGCCAAGCUAUGCAUCCAGCUGACCCAGGAGGAGAAGGAGCUUAGUAUGCAGCGCCAGCUUUUGUCGCUGCAGCUGAAGCAACGUCAGGACACUCUGGCCAGUUACCAAAUGGAGUUGAACGAAUCGCGCUCGGUUAGUGGAUAGUGUUGUCUCAUACUAUCGGCUUAAAGCGGCGGCGUAGGGCUAGGAUAACCCCCAAUGUAUAUGCAAGAUUUGUAUAUCCUCCUACUUUUUUUUUUUUGCAAUUUACUUUGAUUUAGCUUCGAUCCUUUCUUGACAUUAAGCCCUAAAUAUGAUUUUUUUCUGGAGAACUUCAAUAUCAGUUAGUAGGUUAUGUUUAACGAUUUGCUUGCGCUUUUUCCGCUUUUUUUUUUGUUUUUUUACCAUACCAUACCAUACCAUACAAGGGGUUAGAGUUUACGAGUGAUUUAACAAAUUUGAUUUCUUCAAUGUGAUAUAUAUAUGAUUUUCUUUCCGCGCGAUUUGAUUUGGUAGGGAAAGGUUAACGAAAGCGGUUUUAUGAAAUCAAUUUGAAGUGUUUUUUUUUCGCUGCAUAUAUUACAAUAUACACGUAUGGAUUAGAUUUAAUUAACAAUUAGCGGUCUGUAUAUAACAUAUGAAGUAGAAUAUCUUAAUUAUUUUUUUGAAUUAGUUACUUAACCAUGAAGUAAACAAAAAGGAAAACAUUUAAAAAACACAAAAAAUGAGGACAAAGAACCAAACAUUGAAAAGUGAAAGGAAUAGUUAGAAAUGACAGACCUAGCGGAGAAACGAAACACAAAAAAAAAAAAAAAAGAAACUGAAGGGAAAAACACAAAAGGAGAGAACAAAAACAAAAAAAAGAAAAACGGAUACGGAAAACAGACAAAAGUUACAACGAAGGAGCCACAAAGAGGAGAUAGAGCACACAAAGUUGGGAGCGAGAACGAUGAGAUAUAUACUUAUAUAACAUCUAUAUAUCUAUAUAUCUAUAUAUAUAUAUAGAAAUUAGUAUAGCUUAAAGUAGAACUUUUGGUUUCGUACCCCAAAGGCAAAAUGCGAAAUGAGCCGGCUUCAAAUAGUUCCGAACUUCUUGACGAAGCAACAUGGAACACGAUGAUUUAAUUCGACCUUGGUUCGCUAGUUUAUUAACAAAAUUACCUAUUUAAACCAUGGACAUGUUUUUAACAUGCGCUUUUUUUUUUUGGGUCCUAUAUUCUUAGAGACGCAUCCUUGGAGGAGAAAAGAAACCCAAAAUGUAUCUGCAUGCAUCUUGCAUGCACACAAUUCAAUGCUUUUGCUUAGAACCCCAACUCCCCCCCCCCCUUGCUAUAACCCGUAUAUAUAUAUUAUAUACUAUGUGUAUAUGGAUUAUAUACAUCUGUUGGACGACGCGAAGAUGAAAGAGAAACGCUUUUUAUAUAUACACCCGAAAACAAAAAAAAACUUGAACUCUACUGCCUAUAUUGAGAAAAUACAUUUAAUUUGCUAUGAAGAUUCAAUUAUGAAUAUAGUUAUAUAUACGUGUGUAUAUAUAUAGAAACCUUUUUACAAUCAUAUUAUCAUAUUUCUUUUUUUUUUUUUUUGCAACACCUAGGGAUACAUAGAUAUAUAUAUUUUUUAACUGAUAACUAUGCAUAUGAAAUGCGCAAAACUUAACGAAAACAAAACGGAAUUAAGGAAACAUUAAACUAUAUAAUAGUGCUAAGCCGCGCCUAACCUCUCGAGAUAUAUAUAGUUAGGAUGAGAGAUAGGAAGAGUGUAGAAAUUGGCUGCAAAGUUUGUGAUUGGAGUUAAGAGAGGAGAGACCCAGAGAGAGAUAUAUACACCCACGACCCAAGACCCAAGAAAACUCAAACUUUUGUGAGCUGUUUAACUGUCGAUUUUUUGCUAAUAAGUUAUAGCCUUCCGGCGAUAUGUUAUAUAUAUAUAUAUGUUAUAACGAUUCUACCAAUUGUUUACACGCAUCUAAGUAUCAACUAAACUAAAAACUACUACUAAACUAAUGGACAUGAAGCAUAAGGCAAAUGCAAAUGAAGUUAAAAACAAAAAAGAACCGCAUGCGAAAUAUGUAGAAAAACACACGAACGGGAUUCUAAAGAAAUGUCAACUGUUAUUUAGGUUUAGGCACAUACAAAUAAAAAAAAACCCAUGAUAUAUAUGGAUAUUCGAUAAAUAUAUAUGAUGACCAGAAUUUGAAUGAGAUCGGGGGAGGUUAUAUAGCUAGCUAGCUAUAUACAUAUAAAGCAAGAAAAUUUCUAUAGUGUAGGGCGCGAGACGUUUCAACGAAAAUUUUUUUCUAUGUGAGUUCUAGGCUAAUGCUGCCUACUAAACCUAUACCCAGAUAUACAUAUAAUUCUUAUAUUUUUGUUUACCUAGUAGCUUAACGUUCGAACACAUGAAAUAUUUUUUACCUUAUACAUUUCUUUAAGUACGCCGCCGCAAAAACUUUUGAAAAACUACCUACUUAACUCUUCAUUUUUGUAAUAAAAAGAAAAAAAAACAACAAACAAACAACAACAACUAUAAAACAAUUGUUAAAUGGAAAAUAAUGAUAUAUAUCUAUCUACGUGGACAAACAAUUAAAGAGUAUAUUUUUUGUAUUGUUUCGACCAAAAAAUGUGUACACACUGUAAAUAGCAAUCUCGUUAAAUAAUAGUUACACACGCCUACAAAAUAGCGAACCCAAAACCCAAGAAAUGGAAUUAUUUUUAUAGAAAACAAAAAAACCCGGAGAGAAAACACAAAGCAAUAGACUUAAGCGAAUUGUACAACGCGAAACGAAAACAAAACUUCAAUAAACCAACAAAAACACACACACUUAUAUAUAUAUACAUAUAUAUAUGUAUAUAUACAUAUACAAAACCACACACGAAUGCACCUAUUUUCCUAUAGUACAUACAACCAGAAAUAGUUAAACGAAAAAACCAUGUUUUCUUUCAAUAAUUUCAACAAACAAAACCGUACAAAUUUACAAGAAACAAAAAUACGAAAAGCAAACCUUUUCUUUGUUUGGUCCUUUUAUUAAUUUAUUAACGAAACAACAAAUUCAAGUGAAAGGGCAUUUUUAAACAUAAUUUUUCAUUGUAAAAAAAACAAAAUAUAUACACUAAAACUAUGACCAAAACCAAAAUCCUCGCAAACAAAACAAAAAAAUAUUAAAUUUUUUUCUUUUAAAAUAUAUUUAUAACAAAAAACAAAACAAAAGUUUUUAAGUUUAAAUAUAUUUUUAUGAUUAUCAAAUUUUUUAUAUUAUAUACACACACACAAACUACUAUUUGAAUUAGUUGUUAAAAAAUUUAUAUUAUUAAAACAACACAUUAUUUGAAGACAAAUAACAUAAAAAAAAAACUAUGUAAAAAAAAAUCUGAAAAACUCAUGAAAUGAAAGCAAAAAACUGUUAAAGCCGUACGGAAAAUAUGAAACUAUAGACGAACAUGCUUGAAUUAUUACAUGUAUAUUUAAAUUAAUUUUUUUUUUUAGUCAUAAACGUAUGCAAAAAACGUAUACGUUUAUGGCUAUGCAUUUGAAAUCCCUAUUUUUGAUUUGAUGACAAAAGAAGAUAUGAAAAUUCUGUUUACUUUGGUUAUUGCUUAUUAAAUAUGUGUAAAAAUUGCAAAAUAAUAUAGAUAUAUCUGGCAAAACAAGCUAAACAACUAUAUUAAUAUAUUAUCUAAUAAAUUUUAACUCGUUAUGUAGUUACCUAUUAAUGAAAAACAAAUUAAAAGCAAAAAAAAUGAGAAAAGUAAACACAAUAAAUUACAUUUUAUGUACCUUCUACAUAUAUAAACUAAAUAUAUUACACAGAACACACACACUUAUAUAUAAACACACACACACACACACACACUACUAUAUAUAGAAACCGUUUAAAUAUUUUUUUUUUCAAAAUUUCUGAUAAUGGAAUUAUAUAUACAUUAUACAAUAAAAAUACUUCACCAACAAAUUACUUUUGAUUUUGUUUUUAUUUUUACGCUUGAUUCCUUUUCGUUUAAUAUAUGGAUGCAAUUAUUGAAGCUUCCCAGAUCUUUCAAUUGGCACAAGGAUUUCCUCUUGUUAUUUGCGUUUUCGUAUUCGAAUAUUCAAAUAUUCGAAUAUGCAAUUUUGUUGCACAUUUUUUCUGGACGCCCUGUUUUAUUUUAUUUACUUUCAGCGACUUUCAAAACCCCAAGUGUGUUUCAUCCGAGUUGUUUAUAUUUGUUUUACUUUAGAAAAUCGUAUUGUGUCUCACAAUAAGCUGGCUAAAAAAAAACAGCUUUUCCUUUUUUGGAAUUUGGUACUAUCCAACUUGUGCUUCACUUUCAUUUUCCAACCGCGCCGAGUAUCAAAUUCGCAGUGAAUCAUUCGAGUGAGUAAGUGAUUCACAUUUGUGGGUGGUGGGAAAAUUGCUUUUGUCGCCGUUUCUAAUCUAGCAGUUCAACGUAUUUUUUCUCGUUGCCUGGUUGCGCUGCCUCGCUCAUUUGCCCACCAGACAAAUUAAGUUAAUUCAAUAAGAGUUGUUGCUCACUAUUGUUGUUGUUGUUUUACCGGCAAAUUUUUUGUUUUUAAUGAAAUCAAAGCGACAACAACGACAGCCGAGAAGCCGGUUGGGAUACAGUCAGCGACAUGACGACAAUAACAACGAUCACAACGAUAGCCAUAUAAUAUAACAUUUUAUUUAUAUGUACGUGUUUUGUUUUCGUUGAUUUUUGCUGGUUUAUUAUUUUACUACAAUCAUUCAGUUACGGUUUCGUUGGUUGAAUUUUUUUCUUUUAAUUUUUACUCGAAACUUUCGGAAGAAACCAAAACGAAAUAGGCGAUGCUCUUAUUUGAAUGUACAAUAUAUUAUUUAAACAGUGUGUGUUGUAUAGUGUUUUAUGCGUGUUCUAUGAAAAGUGUUGUUAAUUGUUUGGAUAUAUUUUUUAAGCAUCACAUAAAGUUUUCUGUUGGGUCGUUUAAGUUUAAAAGUUUAAAAUGGAGAGCUAAAACAGAUGAAUUAAACUUAAUUUGCAGUUUAUUAUGACAGUGGGGAUACCGCGUUAAAUAGAAAGGGUACACGAAUGGCAGAAGUAGCCGGCAAAUUCACACACACACACACACACACAGCGGGCCAAGCAAAACAGAGACAACGAAAUUGGGGUGCACAAUUGUUUAACUGCAAAAAAAAAAAAAGCAGCAACGAAAUAGCCGGCAACGAAUUUUUUUUCUUUAUUUUUUACACUCUGACCGCGGUCGAUCGCUUUAUUGGGUGAAGGUCACGCCGGCUGCCUUUUGUUUUUAUUUUUUUAUUUUUUUUUGUUUGCUGCCACUUCUGUUUAUCUUCAUACAUUGUGUAUUUAGUCUAUUCAGGAAAUUUUAGAUAAUAUUUUUUUUAGCUGCCUUAAGUAAAUUUGAGUGAAAUUUAACAUAAAUUUCAGUAACUAUUUGAAUUAAAAAUUCGUUUUAUAUAUGAUUCAUUUUUUUGUAGAAUUUUAAUUGUUAGAUUUAGGUUCGUGAAACGUUGUUUUUAUUUAGUUAAUUAAUUAAAAAUUAAAAAAAGUAUAUUAUUAUUUGUACAAUAGUAAGACAAAAAAGUCAUGUUUCUCUUACCUUCAAAGAAACAUAAUAAUUAGGUCCAUUAUGAUAAUUGAAUAGUUGUACAGCUUAAAAUAUUAUUUAUGGCACGAUCAAAGCCGCUAAAAUCAUAUUUAAUAUUAAGAAGUAUAGUGUACCAAAUUUGCAUUUUACAAGAUUAAUCAAGGUGUAAAUAGUAAUAUAACUUCUAUAUUUUUUGCUUUGCAAUUAUUUAUUGUAUAAGUGUAUAACUUUUUACUGUUUAUUUGUUACAUAUAUUUCCUAGUUUUAUUUGAGAUCUGAUAUUUUGCUAGAUUUCAAGGUCGUUUCACACUCACACAUAUGCACACGCUCCUACAUAGACAUACACACACACAUGAAGAAAGGUCAUGCAGAAUCAAAAGUACAAAAUAGUCAUAGAAACAUGGGUGUAAAUAGUAAAAAAAAGGGGAAACUGAUUUGAUUCAAAAAGCACAGUAAAUCCCAGAAGAUAAUAAAAACACAGAAAUCUGCUUACAUAGACAGCUUUAACCAUAAAACCAAAAACACAUGACAGGCUUCAAUAGUUUAACUACAAAAAAAAAUAAAAAUAAAACAAACAAAUGUUUUGUAAAUUUUGUAUUUUUUCGAAAAUAUUUAAUAAAUGUGUUUUACAUGCAUAUUUAUACAUACAAUAUAUAUAAUAUAUAUAUAUAUAUAUAAUGAAAGAAUAACAAUAUAAUGAUAAACUACCAAUUAUUUGAAAUCAAAUAUAUUCUAUAUUAUAUAUUAUAUACGCGAUAUACUUAUACAUUAUUCAAUUAUAUAUUUAUUUAGAAAGCAACUACAAACAAAUUAUUUAUAUUAUCUAAAUAGAACAUUAACAAAUUUGUAUGAAAGCGAGGCGUAUACGUAAUGAAACAAGAAAAAAUAAUAAGACGAAAGGAAGAGCUUAAGAAACCGAACACUUUUGUAAGUAAAUAUUGAAUAGAAAAUAAAGGAUAUGUGCAAAUGCGGAGAAAGUUGAAUAAAGAAAACG